GGGCGAGCGAGCGAGUGCGGGCGCGGGAGAGCGGCGCAUCCGCGUCGCGGCUAACGGCUCGUCCUCGGCGCGUGGUGGCGGUGCUGCGCGCGCUGACGUCACCGCUCGAUAAUGGCCGCCGCCCGCCGCUCGCCGGCCCCCCGCGGCACCCGUCGCCCGAGCUCAGUCUAUCGUCGACCCGCCGCCGGACCGAGUGCCUCACACGUAUAGCGCUCCGUGCAUCCAAAGUUCGCGGACCCGAAUGUGAUUCUGUACAGUGUUUUCGUGUGUACCAUGGUGACGGUGUUUUUAUCAGCCGGUUCGAUAAAUCUGUGACAAUUUACAAGAGAAACGAGGAAAACCGAUCUCUCGCGCUCCGCGCUCCACCCGGCGGCGAGAUGUCGGUGAUGCAGAAGAGACAACACUGCUACCUGUGUGACUUGCCCCGUAUGCCGUGGGCAAUGUUGCACGAGUUUUCGGAGGCGGUGUGCCGCGGGUGUGUGAACUACGAGGGCGCAGACCGCAUCGAGGUGGUGCUGGACACAGCGCGCCAGCUCAAGCGUGCGCACGGCUUCCAGGAGGGCCGCGCGCCGCACAAGGCGCAUCGGCCGCCUCUGGACGCUCAUCAGAAUGGCGCCGACGCCCGCGCCCAGCCCGCACCGCCCGCCCACCACGCGCCGGGCGCCGGCUUCACGCUGCACCACCAGCGCCCCGCCACCGCCACCGCCGGCCUGCUGGCCGAGUACGGGAGUCGCCGCGAUGAGCACGAGGGCCGCCGACUGGCGCACCUGCCCGCGCAUCACUUGCCCGCGCACGGUGGGGCAAGGCUUGCCCCUGGCCUAACGCUCAAGAGGCCGCUCGAUGAUGACGACCACCAAACACAUCAUGAGCCAACCAAGAGAUUGCUUGAGGAGCACUCGAGGCCACCGCUGACUCGCGGAGAUUCUCUUCCCGCUGUUUCGCUGGCCGCUGCUUCUUUCGCACAAGAUCGUGUCUUCAAACAGGAAAAACAUCCUUUACGCACACCUUCCUUCGACGGCACAUCAUUCAAAUCAAACGGGACCCACAUCUGGAUAAGUUUGGCAACGUCGCGGCUCGGUGGCGACACGUCCCGCUGCACCACUAGAAAUGUUAUUGUGGCGCAGCCAGCUCCGUCUGCUGCUACGGUAACGCCGCCCCUGACAAAUGGCUCAGCCGGGUCCCCGCUGGGACGCACUGCGGGCUCUCCACCAGUGACAGGAGCGGGAGGUGCCGGACCUUCACCCAUGGCGGCGCUAAUGUCCGUGGCUGACACACCCCCGGGCUCUCCCCGAUCGGCCGGAGGAUCACCACCACAACCUCCGCCGCAACGCUCAGCCAGCCGAUCGAGCCAACACUCACCCAACUCCUCAGGGUCGAACGGCGGGCGGCGGUCGUCGGGCUCCCGGCACGUGUCUUCGACGACGUCAGUGUCGUCGACGGAAGCAAACGAGGGCGCGGAGGCAGCCGCCACUGCACCGACUCCUCUGCUCAAGUGCACACUGUGCCAGGAGCGACUUGAAGACACGCAUUUCGUGCAGUGCCCCAGCCAGCCGCACCACAAGUUCUGCUUCCCCUGCUCUCGGGACUCCAUCAAACGACAGCAGGGAUCUGAGGUAUACUGUCCAAGUGGGGAAAAAUGCCUGGCGAACUCAACGGUCCCGUGGGCGUUUAUGCAGGGCGAAAUCGCGACGAUCUUAGGCGAGGAGUUUAAGCCGAAGAAGGAGCGAGAGACCUAGGGAAACGCAUCGCCGCUCCGAUAUUACCUCUUGUCCCUCUCGAUGUGAAUGCACGGGAGGAGUGACGACUAGCCGCGGCACGCGGCCGCAAGCGCUCGACGCGCGGCUCCGCGGCGGAGCGACGCCAGCCGUCGCUCGGACACACCGACACAUUUGUAUAUAACUUUGUAAAUAUUCAAGUUUAACUUUAGUUCGCUCGCCGGUGGCUGUCGAUUGUCGAAGUAUCGGAAGUAGGUUUCCGCGGUCGUGAGUGGCGCAGGAACAUUCGGCCGCGGCAGUAUGAGCCGUGUGUACUGCAUUGGCCUUGUCGUUUUCUUUGAUUGUUUCGGGGCAGUCGACGAAUCGGGCGACGUCGACGGAACCUCCAGGAUUCUGAAAAGUACAUAUCCGUUUCGAUUAUAAUUAUGUCUCGUCGACCCGCGUUAUUCACGGGAGAAUUGUAUUGAUCUGAAGCCGUUCUCUUCCAGUGUUGUAGUUUCGUGAAAGGGCGGCCCGCGCCAUCCUGUGAGCGGGAUUUAUUCGGAUGCCAUUUUCUUAGUUACCUUUAGGUUCCGAACCAUA